UGCAGUUCGAUGUUUUGUUUUCGGUGCAACAGCUGUGCUUUCUUUUUUUUGUAAAAUUGUGCAUAUUUUUUAUUUGUUUUGUUUUGUUUAGCGUUUCGUUCAGACACGUAAGAUGUCCGCGCCCAAGAACGAGAUGUACUACAGUCUUCUGGAGUGGUUUAAGACCCUCAAUUUGAACGCACCGCACUCAGAUGCUGAAUCUCUGGCUGACGGUGUAGCACUGGCUCAAGCGCUGAAUCAGUUUGCCCCGGAAUCCUUUACGGAUGGUUGGCUAUCCAAGAUAAAGCCAGGAGCCGUGGGUAGCAACUGGCGGCUCCGGAUGAGCAAUUUGAAGAAGGUGGCCCAGUCUGUGUACGACUAUUACAGCGAGGUGCUUAACUACUCCCUUGGGGAUUUUGCCAAACCGGAUGUACAGCGCAUCGCGGAAAAAUGUGAUCUGGGAGAGCUGGAGCGGUUGCUGCAGUUGGUUCUGGGUUGCGCCGUCAACUGUACAAAUAAACAGUCGUACAUCACCGAGAUAAUGAGCCUCGAGGAGGAGCUGCAGGCCAAUAUAAUGCGUGCAUUGCAGGAGUUGGAGUCCACACGCAACGCGUCCUCUUCUCCAGAGGCAGGAGGAGUGGUUGGCUCACUGUCACGCAGUUCUCUCAGUGGAAUACUGGAUGGAAAGGCACUGCAAGAGGAGCGCGAUGCCAUGGCGCAGAAAUGUUUUGAAACUGAGAAGAAGAUGCUCUUGCUUAUCGAUGAAAAGACCAAUCUUCAGCAGGAGCUGCAGAAGUUGCAGCAGGAGGUCUCUCGCAUGGAGCACACCUCCACUGCAAUUGGCGACGAUGGUGUGUCCCUGGGUCCAGUUCAAACUGGAUCUGUGCGCUACAACGAUUUGCGCCGUCAACUGGAUCUGCUCAAAGAGGAGCUUUUGCAAUCGGAGGGUGCCCGGGAGGAUCUCAAGCUAAAAGCCCAUCAGCAGGAAACCGAUUUGCUGCACAUGCAAACGCGCAUCGAUGAAUUAAUGAAAAGCUCUGCUGAGGUGACCACUCUCAAGGACGAAGUCGAUGUGCUCCGGGAGUCUAAUGACAAACUGAAGAUAUGUGAAGCCCAGCUGGACACCUAUAAAAAGAAGCUGGAGGACUACAAUGACCUGAAGAAGCAGGUUAAGAUCUUGGAGGAGCGCAGUGCUGACUAUGUGCAGCAAAACGCCCAGUUCGAGGAGGAUGCCAAGCGAUAUGCCAACACCAAAGGUCAGGUCGAGUUAUUCAAGAAGGAGAUCCAGGACCUGCACGCUAAGCUCGAUAAUGAAAGCAGCAAAAAUGUAAAGCUGGAGUUUGAUAACAAAAACUUGGAGAGCAAGAACCUGGCACUGCAGCGUGCUAAGGAUAGUUUACUCAAAGAACGGGACAAUCUUCGGGAGGUCGUCGACGAGCUCAAGUGCGGCCAGCUGUCCUCUAGCUCUGCAUUGGCUGGUAACACAGUUUCAACAGAGCUACAGCCGUUAGCAACGGUUGAUAAGCUUCAGCGACUAGAAGCGGAAAACAAAGCUCUGCGUGAGGGGCAGGGCGGACAGACUGCGUUGGCGCAACUUCUGGACGAUGCUAAUAAACGGAACGAGCAUUUACGCGAACAGCUAAAGACAGCCAACGAACGAAUCCUCUCGUUGUCGCAUGCCUCCCAAAGUGAUGAUCCUAUCUUCAAAGAGAACGAGUUUGGAAAGCAAAUAAAGCAGCUCAUGGAACUCAAUGAACAAAAGACACUACAACUGGAAGAGGCGGUGACCCAAAGUUCCACGCUGCAGUGUAAGGUGACGCAGCUUGAAACAAAUUUAACAGCACGGGAACAGGAGAUCCUAGCCUAUGAUGCCAAGUACAGAAAAUGCGUUGAGAAGGCCAAGGAGGUGAUCAAGAGCAUUGAUCCGCGAAUAGCUAGUGCCCUCGAUGCUAGUGUCUUGGAAAAGAAUGCUGAAGUUGUGGAGGAGGAGCCCAAGCCAAAAAUGACCGUGAUGGAGGAGCAGCUGAUGACGUCAGCGUUUUACAGAUUGGGUGUGAAUGCCCAGCGGGAUGCUAUUGACUCAAAGCUGGCCAUUCUGAUGGGAUCGGGGCAAACGUUUUUGGCCCGCCAAAGGCAGUCGGCGCCGCGCAAAUCACUAAGUGCAAUGAAAUCAAAGUAGGAAGCUGGAGGACCUGAUGUAUCAGUUAAGGAUGGUUGAGCGAUAGGCUCAUCUUUAAAAAAAUUAUAUAAACAUUAUAUAAUACAAGUAUUUAUUCGUCGUCUACAUGGAAUUAUAUUGUAUUUAUAGGAAAUACCUAAAUAAAAUUAAAAAGAUUAACUAUUUCCAAACGUAAAA